AUGAGGAGAGAGGGGGGCGGAGAGGAGGAGGACGGGGGAGAGCCAAACAAGCAGGAGCCUGAUCAUCUCUCUGCUCCCCACCUCCUCCCCAGACAGGAAGGAGGGGAGGAGUCGACAACUGACACCCCUCCACUUUCCUCCAGCCCCUCUCCUAAACUCCAGGACUUCAAAUGCAACGUGUGCGGUUACGGCUACUAUGGCAACGACCCCGCUGACCUGGUGAAGCACUUUAGGAAGUAUCACCUGGGCCUGCACAACCGCACACGGCAGGAUGCUGCCCUCGACACACACAUCCUGGCCCUCCACAACAUGGCCCCCCAACACACACCUCUAGAUAUACAGGCAGGACAGGGCCAGAGGAUCCAAGCCAAAGAGUUGGGGAAGACGAGACCAGAAAUGCACAUUCAACAGCACAGGGCAGUUAUGAUGAAUGGCACAUAUGACGUACAGGUGACGCUGGGUGGCACGCUAAUUGGGAUUGGCCGGAAGACCUCUGAUUGCCAGGGGAAUACGAAGUACUUUCGCUGCAAAUUCUGCAACUUCACCUACAUGGGCAGUAAUUCCGUAGAACUUGAACAACACUUUGUGUCCUCGCAUCCAAAUAAAGUCAAAACUCCGCCAACCACGCCCCUGCUGGCCACCAAUAACCUGGCAACGCACGACAACCAGGGGAAGGGGAGGAGCCAAAUCUUGGAAGGGGCCGAGCGAGUCGCAGUGAGAGCAGAAGACGAUUCCUUGGCCGGGUACUCCAUCCCUGUCAGGGCGUGUUCAGAUUCGUCAAGUUGGACAGGGGAGCCGGGUCUCGAUGCUGUGCAGACGUAUUAUUGGUGUAAAUUCUGUAGCUGGAGUUAUGAGUGGUCAGGGGGCUCGGAGAAGCUAUUAGAGCACUAUGAACAAAGACAUAGAAUGAGCACGGGAGGUACUAUGAGCCCCAGCAACUCAAAUCCAGGGGGGAUGGACAGAGAGAGGGAAAGAGGAGGGAGAAUAGAAGGAGGAGAAAGAGGCCACAUGUCAUCCAAAAGCCGCAAAGAUCUAUCAUCUAACCCAUCCAGCACCAGCCAAGGAGACCCGAACAGCAGCGAUUCAGAAGCAGUCGUGACCAGUUAUAACUGUCAGUUGUGUGAUUUCCGGUACUCGAUGGCCCACAGUGCAGAUGUGAUCGUAGUAGCACCGUUACUGCUGCACUACCAGCACAACCACUCCAUCCACCGGUGCUGCAUUCAGCACUGCAUGUAUUGUCCACAGGGGCUCUGUCAGCCACAGAAACACCUGGGGGAGGUGUCUCACCCCUUUGCUUGUCGGAAGUCCACCUGCCCUAAAUGCUGUUCCAAGUGUCCUCCGUCCACCAAGCAGGACAGCGUCGGAUCGAAACCUGCUACCGCCACCUCACCCAGCAUGACUCCUCCGUAUCCUCGAGGAGACUCUGGUGUGAUUUCAGGAUCCACUUUUCACCCCUCUAACCCUGCCCAUCCUGUUGUCACACAAGGCGUCACCCACCUGUGUGACCAGUGUGCGUUUGCCACCACCGACAUCGACGUGUUGCUCCAGCAUUACGAAGGCUGCCACACCCUGAUAAACCUAAAGGGGGCAUCACCACACGUCAAGGCCGAGGAAGAGGUUGGGGGAGACAAGGAAGGGGGGAGAGGAGGAGAAAGGGAGUACUCUUGUACAAAGUGUCACUUCAUCACGGAAGUGGAAGAAGAGAUUUUUAGACAUUACAGGCGUGUCCACGCAUGUUGCCGUUGUCGACGCUGUGACUUCACGGCUCCUGAUUCGGCAGCUCUCCUCGACCAUUUUAACUCGGCCCACUGUCAUGACUCAUCUCCCUCAUUAAGCUCAUUGACAACGACCUCCUUACCCACUUCACUGACGCCUUCGUUAACACUCUUAGCCAAUGGCUGCUCAGCUCCCUCUACCUUAGCCAUUAAAGAAGAAAGCAAGGGGGAUCUUCGCCUCCUCUACUCCCUUGCACCGCCUGAGGGACGGUUGGCAGAAGGAGGCAGAGAAGAGGCAGGAGGGGUGGUGAAACGGGAGGGAGGUGAGGAGAAAGACAGAGAGCGGGAGAAAGGCUGGGUUCUUGGGGAGACGAGAGGACUAGGAGAAAGAGGAGGUGAGCAGGCCCACGGUUUACUCUGGGUGCCCAAGGAGCGAAUGGGACCUGAAAGAGGAGCAGGAGCCAAUCAUGAGGCCUCGCAGCAGAAAAGAGGCGUGACUUCGCCGAGCAUGGUUUACCUGGGAGACACCAAGUCAUUUUUGGGAGAUACCAAGUCGCUUUUGGGAGAUGCCAGGCUGUACGGAGGAGGGAGGCCAGGAGGAGCCACUGCAGGUGGAGGUGGAGGCGAGAAACAGAGCCGGAUGCAUCAGCAGUACACAGGAGGAGGAGGAGGAGGGAGUGGAGGUGGAGGAGGACAAGAGAAGGGAGGAGCCGCUAAAGAGGAAUCACAAUCCCUUCUACGGCGGCGCAGAGGCAGCGGGGUCUUUUGUGCAAACUGUCUGACCACCAAGACGUCGUUGUGGAGGAAGAACUCAAAUGGAGGCUACGUCUGCAACGCAUGUGGUUUAUACCAAAAACUACAUUCGACACCCAGACCUCUAAACAUCAUAAAGCAGAACAAUGGUGAACAAAUAAUCCGCCGCCGGACCAGAAAACGCAUCAACCCUGAUUCGCUGUCAUCUGAGACCCCCGCCCCCAAACAACAACGCAUCACCAGCGAGGAGCGUGUGAAUGGGGAGGAGUCCGACAAAAAUUUUGCAUCAAUCAAAUCCCAGCAGCCUUCCCCUCGCUCACGCUCGCCCCGAUCCACUCAAGCCUUCCUAGCCAAUCAAACAUUGGAGAUCCACCGACGCAUGCCUCCUCUGCUCCUUCCUUCACAUACACCCUCCUCAUUGGUAGCUGAGGGCAAUGGGAGCAUCGCAGAUGUAGGCAUAAUAUCAAAAGUAGAAGGAGGUAAAGGAGGGGGGGGGUCAGAAAGAGGCAGUCCGAUUGAAAAGUAUAUGCGUCCAUCCAAACCGUCUAGUUAUUCGCCUCCUGGUUCACCCAUUGAAAAGUAUCAGUACCCCCUUUUCUCCUUACCCCUACCAUUAACCCUCUCACCUGAUUUGACCCCUGAGUCGGAUUGGCUCAGAUUCUGGACCAAGUAUAAGAUGGCAGCCGCCUCUGGGGUUCCUGGUAGCAUCAGUAAUCUAAGCAGCCCUGGUAGCGUUGGAAAUAACGCUCUUUAUCUUGGUGCAAUGGUGGCUCCAGUACAGCAUCAUCAGCAAAGCUACACGGUGCCUUACUGCGCCUCUCCCUACUCUUCUCUUCCCCCUCCUCCAGCUCCUCCUCAUUAUCCUCCUCCUCCUCACCAUUCCCAAACCUCAUCACCAUCAUUAGAAAAUGAUGCUCCUUUGGAUCUUGCAAUAAGACAAAGAGAUACAAGUGCAACACAUGCACACAUGUCAACAAAUGGUGCAGAGAGGAGAAGGCAGGAGUCGCCACUCGCUGGGAGGUUGAGAGAGAACUGGAAAGGAGAGAAAGAGGAGGAGGAAGAGGAGAGAAUAGAUGAAGAAGGGAACCAGAGGGAGGAUAUAGGAAAGGAAGAAAAGGAUCUUUUGACAAAAAGUCGGUCAACUGUGCCAACGAGUCGCGCAAUGGUGGAUGUGGCCACGCAAGACGACCUAACCAACCGCUGCCUCCACUGUGGGAUCUACUUCCUAGACGAGGUCAUGUAUGCCCUGCACAUGAGUUGCCACGGUGACCAGGAACCAUACCAAUGCAGUUUUUGCCUCCACGUGUGUGUGGAUCGCUAUGAUUUCACCACACACAUACAGAGGGGCCUACACAGGUACACAGACAAAACAUCACAAAACAAAGGUCACACACAAGACGACCUAACGCAGAACGUCACGGUGGUGCCUGAGCACGAGUGUCAAAGUGUGACGCCGGAGGAAAAAGAAGAAGAAGAAGAAGAAGAAGAAGAAGUUGAUCCUAGCGAGAUCACAGAUGAAAGCAAUGAUGUCAUAGGAGUUUGUCACGAGAACCAAGCAAAAGAAACUACAGGCACUGAUGCCACUGACAAUGAAACAGAAGUUGAAAAGGAGGUAAGAGAAGAGGGUGAUGACGUAACUAACCAAGAAUUGGGAGAUGAGAUGGUGUUGGAUAGUAAUGAUGACAUCACAGAAACCACAGAGGUCACGACUGUUGCUGAAUCUAAAAACUCAGAUGAGAACACAGAGAGUAAUUAAUCUGAUGCCUUUGACCCACACACACCUUUAAGAACACGUUUUAUUGAAUGAAUAAGCUGUCUGCCUCUUGUUCCUGGAGGCUUGCUCAUGUCAAAAUGGGCCUAUCCUGGGCACUAAAUGGAACACAUCCUUAUGCUGGAAGCACUCGGCUGUCAAAUGGUCAGAAAUCAUUGUAGGAUCCCGCUGAACUGCUGCAGGGACAGUUUGGAGAAAUAGCCAGAAUCCUGUGUUGAGUGACGGCCACUUGACAGCUCUGUGGCAAGUAUUCAACAACGGAAGUUCGGGCGUGCAGCUGAAAUCACCUUUAAUAAACAGCCACUUCAUGUGCUUUCCAAAUAAGAGGAUUGGAAGCUCGACAGAAAGUUGGACUGGUCUCACUUAGGAUGAGUUUUGAGGAGCUCAGCACUUGCACAGCCACCACACAGCAGAGCAAAAAAAUAAUAAUGUUAGAAGCAAAACACUUUAACUGAACUGAGCUGAUAUGUUAUGCACCGUGCUAAACUGAACCCCGAGCUGGUCCAAACUAGUCUGAUGCAUCAUUCAGACCGUUUUAUCUCGGUACAACCAGAUCUGAUCUGGUAAAAACUCCUUGGUCGGGUCCAGAGCAUGUUUUUGACUGUUUUACCGCUGUGCUAAUGGAUCCAAAACCAAAACUUAUUUUGACUCUUUGAAACUGUUCUGGGCUGCCGUUCAGCUGCUGUUACUUUGGUACAGAAAAGGAUCCGUUGGUUUCUUUCACUCGUGCCCUGUUGUUUCUGAAACUGGCAAAAUCGCCGCCGCUGCAAAAAUGGUCCAAAAUGGGGGACUGGUUGGGUUUGAUUUGACUUUUUGAACUGCUUGAAUCCAGUUUUAACUGGUACAACCGGAGUACUUCCGGACCGAAGUGUUCUCUUCAUCCAUUUGGAUCAAACCAAGUGACAUUAUUUUAUACCUUCCUCCGUGCCAUGAUACUAGCUACGUGCCUGGCUGCCUGCCUAAUAGAACAACCAUCUAUUAACCUGCUUAACAUUUAUAUUAAUGACAAUAAUGGUAAUAAUAAUUAUGAUGUUAUAGUACAAAACAUGCAAUUUGCUACACUUUCCUAUAUAAAAUGUUAUUUUGUAAAGGCAAAUAAUGCUUCUUUUUUUUUGCAAGAAAUGGUACUAUAAGAAUUAGUCUAUUUGAGUUUUUUUCUUUUUGAGCUAUUUGUUGUUUAUCUUCUUAUGGAGACUUGUUACAUUGAUAACAGCCGUCUAACAGAAAUGGUACAGCAAGAAAGGGGGGUUGUGUGUAUGUGUGCAUUUGUGUAAUUGCGUUUGUGUGUUAGGAUCAAAGGAUGCUUCCGUCCCCAAACGAUGAUGUAAACAUAAUGAAGGCUUGCGCUCGGUAUUUCAGUCCUCAGGGGUCACAAGUGUUGCACACCAACCCACCUGUUUCAUAGCAUGUGACACAUCAUUUUUACAUGUUCAAUUGUCUAAUGGUUUUAGCAUGUUACAUAACGUUCUCUUAUAUAUGUUCUUAUCAUGUUCUUUAUGUGUUAAUAGGUCAAAAUGGUCUUAGUAUGUAACUUUUUUUUUGUCUAUCACAUGUUGUAAGGUUACAUGGUUUUAUAGAGAGACUUUAGGAACUUAGGGAGAUCAACCCUAAAUGUUACAAUAAGGAUCAUUAUUUGGGUUGUAUAAACUGUAUAAACCUUUGCUCUGUAUUGAGUCUACAGAGCUUAUUGCCUACAGUGUUUUAUUCAGCCUAUCUCGUAUUUCUGAGAGUUUGGUAGGUUACCUCUAUGUAGCAUGUUAGCAUCUUAUAAAAUCUGCAAAAUAUGUUGCCUUUUUCUAUGGAUGGGAACUGUUUCACGUUAGACCUAAAUAAUACUGAGAAGAGUUACAUUUUAUAAUUCACUGAAGUCAAAUGAUCAUGAUGCUCCAGCUAACUCCUCCCACUUCUCUGCCAUUCAUUGCCCACUUUUUGUUUCUAAGUCAGUCUCUUAAGUUGAAGGAAAGACCCGCCUGACACCAUAACUGAGUCUCUUUAAACUACAUUUUCAAAGUUGAUUUUCAACAUUGAGAGAGAAGUGACAGGCAGGUCCCCUAAUCUUCCGAGUGGAGCAACACAGUGGCCAUCUUGUUUAUUUUUAUAAAGACAGAAUCACUUCUCCUGCCUUGCUGCCUUAGUUGCUAGAAAACAAAAACAAAAAAAUCACCAUGGGACUCCUUUUAAAGGAAGUAAUAAUAGUCAGAAAGAUAAUAAAAGACAGGAAGGAAGUAAGAAUGAGAACAACAUAUUUUUGUAUGCUCAUCCAAGAUACAUGAAUGAGAAAUCUUCCGCCUAGUGCCUGGUAACUUGUACAGUUUUUCUAAUAAGUAUCUGUCUGUGAUGAAAAGUUCUGUGAGUUAUGGCAGGAGUUGGGCAAACACACUUCUCUAUUUAAUUCCCGUGCACCAAGUUAUCAGUCAUCCAUUAUAAUUGGCGUCUGAUUAGUCAGAUACCUGUUCACACUUGGCAUUUUCAGCCCAUGAGAAAGACCCACAUGUGCUUUAAAAAAAAGGAAAUUGGUUGCUGUGCUAACUGUCAAUCGCUAAUUAACUAUCUUUCAUUUUUGCAUGUAUGUACACGACUUUGUAGAAAUGUUCAAACAUGCCUUGGUAAUGUUUGUAUGAGAGAUUUAAUAGCAAGAUGUUCUGUACUGUGUAUUUGGUUUAUUUGGAGAUGGAAUCUGAAUUAUUAUUAUCAGUCACCUGAGUGCCCAUAUCAUGGUAAAGGUAAAGGCGUUAUUAUUCUAAAGAGGAGUUCAUUAUUAUAUUAUUUGUUUUAUUACAUCAUUUUCUUUUUUUUUUUUAAAUCAUCAAUGCGAUUAGAUUUCUAUCAUGUAGAAAUGUUAAGACACAGAGGCCUCAGAAACUAAGCAGCACUGUACACAGUACUGAAAAGUAAAACGCUAUUCAAACAACAUACAGUAUUUCCUUUAGAGCUGGAAGUCUGGCUGAUCACAGGCACUGCAAAUAAAUAAGUCUUAAGUAUUUAAGACGACACACAUCCAUGUGUGCCACCCUUGUAUCUGAUACACAUCCCGCUCUGUGUAGGGAUUGUUGUCCUCCUAAGAGUUUGCGCACCUUUACCAUGUAUGGCUCCACUAUCCAUAUCACACUGAUGAAGCCAAUUCAAAAAGCAUACUGUAAUGUCAAAAAAAAUCUGAUUUGGAUUGUCUUUAUUCUAGGAAAUCUCUUGUGUAAAGUUUUCUUAGAAUUGUACUUUUUUUUUUUUGUAGUUAUGGGCAUCUCUUAAGGGGCUGCUAGCAUAAUGAAAACUGUUUACAUUUGCAAAUGUAGCAAAAGGAAAGCAAAGGAAUAAAGCAACGCUUUCUUAAAAAAAAAACAGAACAAAAGGAAGAAUUGAAGGAUACCUGCUGAGAUGGAUAGAUGGGUUUUAUAUGGAUGCAUAUAGGCAGAAUGGGAUCAAAUGACGCUUGUAGUGGCUGAUAAGAAGGUUUAUGUAUCCGUUCAUCCCCUCUCUUCUGUUGUCUCGUUACCUCCUUCACUUGUAUCUUUCUCAUCUGUUGUCUUAUUUGACAUGUACCCCUCCAUCUCUGUCUUUCUCUGUAUCUCUCCACGUAUUACUACUACUCUCUGCUUCUUAUCUACUUUGUAUUCCUCCACUUUCCUGCAUCCCUUUUUUUGAUUUAAGUACUUAUGAAGGUAUUCAAAGUUGGUAUUUAGGUCAAGGGGGUUUAAGUGGGAGUUAGAUGAUUGUGUCAUACUGUGUUGCGCCAAAAGAGCUGAUGUCGACUCAGUUCCCCCCAGAACUGACAACCUUUCUGCUCAUGUUGACUUUGUUAGGGUUGAAUUUCCCUCUUACUUGAAUGGGCCUUGAAGAAAUUGUCACCAGCACAACAUUAUCAAAUACUCGCUAGAAGCAAAGUGUGGAUUUUCUCAGAUUUAGGUUCAUUCAUUUGCCAACGGGACUCGCAUCUGAUAGAAUUCAACAUGAAUUUCCAUCUUUUGAAAGAUUGAAAGUCCUUUGGUAAAGAUUUUCUUGGGAUUUCUAGGAAAUAGUAGGACAAAGAUGUAAAAAAAAAAAGCAACAGGAUAAACUAGAUUUCUUUGUGUGAACAUCUCAUUUUGAUGAACCACAAGGAUUUCUCAGUGAGCUGGAGACAAAUUCUAAUGCCAAAAUGUUUCAAUAGUUUAUUAGCUUUUGAAAGAAAAUAAUCCCCCUGUACUUAUUGAGUUGGGAGUAAAAGAACACAGCCUUGAUAAAAAAAAACAAAAAAAAAAAA